AGUCGGGCGCUUAACCGACUGAGCCACCCAGGUGCCCCAAUUAAUUUUUAAAACCUUUUUAUCUUAAAAUAAUUUCAAACACAGCAGAGAACUCUUAUAAUAAGCCCUUUAUCUAGAUUCACUAAUUUUUUAGCAUUUUGCCAUGUUUGCUUUAUUAUUCUUUAAAUGUAUUUUUUUCUUGAACUAUUUUGAGAGUACGUUGCAUACAUCAUUGUCCUUUACCUGUUAAUACUUGUGCAUUUAUUUCUUAAAUCAAUAUAGUUUUCAAAUCCAGGAAACAUUCACAGAGGACUUUAAUUUGCAGCCCAUAUUUCAUUUUGUCAAUUUUCCCAAUAAUGUCCUUUAAAGCUUUUUUUCCUCCUCCAGUAAAUGACCAUGUAUUGCAUUUAGUUGCCAUAUAAUAUAGUCUACAUGUAAUAGGGACUUUUCCUCAAUAUUGGUUUGUCUGAUAGUUGCUUACAUGAGGUUCAAGCUAUACAGGCAGGGCGGUGUUCUCAGGGCACCACGUCUGCAGGCACAUAAUCCUUAUUUGCCCUCAUUGGUGCUGUUCACUUGGAUUGUCCUCAGGUCAAGGUAUUGUUCUGUUAUUCCUCAGUGUAGUGACUCCUUCCCUUGCACUAAUCAUUGCAUUACUACCAUGAAAAUAUACUGCUCAUCAAACUUUUCCCUUCUGUAUUAGGUAGAUAUAUAAUUAAAAAUUCUUUUUAAAUUUUAAAAGGCGCCUAUUGUGUUCCAUCCUAACCAGUUUUAAGUGUGUAGUUCCAUAACUAGUGUUAAGUAGGUUCACGUUGUUGUGAAACAGAUCUCCAGAACUUUUAAGUCUUCUAAAACUAAAACUCUAGACCCAUGAAAUAACUCCCCAUUUCCCCUUCCCCCAGCCCCUGACAACCACCAUUCUACUUUGUUUCUCUGAAUUUGACUGACUUAGAUGUCUUAUAGUGGAAUCAUAUGGUAUCUGUUUUGACUUAUUGCACUUAGCAUAAUGUCAAGGUUUAUCUUUAUCUAUGUUGUAAUAUGUGACAAUUUACAUUUUAAGGCUGAAUAAUAUUCCAUCGUAUGUACAUACCGCAUUUUAUUUACCCAUCUGUCUUUUGAUGGGCACUUGGAUUGUUUCCACUUCUUAGCUAUUGUGAAUAAUGCUGCUAUGAACACAGGUGUGCAAUUAUCUCUUUGAGACCCUGUUUUCAGUUAUUUUGGAUAUAUACCCAGAACUGUGUGUACAGGCGUGAAGUUUUAAUUUUGGGGGGCUUAGAGGCACAUUUUUAUUUUGUAAAAUUUUCUGUUGUGUACAGCUUAUUAAUUUCAUUUGUCCUAAGAUUAAAUUUUGACAUGAUAACCAAUCUCCAGAGAUGUAAUGUGAACCCAAAUCGUGCUUUACAGUUUCCUCCUUUAUGAGUUAGCCUGUUGCUAAUUUAAGGAAGAAGUGAUUUCUGAAAACAUCUACUUGACUUGAAAUAAAUCAGGAUUAUUAUUUUUCAAGUGGUUAACUGCAUAUAAUUUUUUCCUACUGUAGAUUCCUUAAGAGAACAUAAUUCUGGGAAGGAAAAGUUUAUUUUUGUUUUCUGUUUAUUGGAGGGAGGUCUGGUUCAGCCAGAACACUGGGGUCUGUCUCAGCUAACCUCCUGAAUUAUUUUCUGAGUGUUGAAUUCCUCGGGACCCCUGUUUGCUUGCCUAAAAUAGUAAUACCUUAGUUUUUUGUUUCUUUAUUUUUACUGUACAAUGUUUUUAAAAGAAUUUCCUCCUACAGUUGGAGCUUGGCAACCAGAAUUUGAAGGAAGAAAAUGAGAAUCAGUUGUGCACUGUUAAACUGUUGUAAACAGGAAGGAAAAGAGUAUAAUCCUAGGUCAGAGAUGAGGUGAUUGAGGUUGCUGUGAAGUUAAUGCAGAUAAACAAAAUACCGGCAUUUAAAAAACACUUUCAGAAUAAGAGGUUUGGGCCCCAUGGGAUCCCUGUGACAGUAUUUCCCAAAAGGGAAUAUAAGGACAAACCUGAAGCCAUGCAGCUCCAAAGUAAUACAUUCCAAGAAGGGACGGAAGUCAAGCGUGAAGUGAACGGUGCUGUUCCUGAUGACCCUUCUUCAGUCUCGCCUCCCGAGCCGAGCCUGGCUGAAAGCCUGUGGACUUGCAAACCACCACCUCUCUUCCAUGAAGGAGCACCUUAUCCUCCCCCUUUGUUUAUCAGGGACACAUAUAACCAGUCAAUACCUCAGCCACCUCCUCGGAAAAUCAAGCGACCCAAACGAAAAAUGUACAGGGAAGAGCCUACUUCAAUAAUGAAUGCUAUUAAACUACGACCCAGGCAAGUCCUGUGUGACAAAUGUAAAAACAGUGUUGUUGCUGAAAAAAAGGAAAUUAGAAAAGGUAGCAGUGCAAGUGACUCUUCUAAAUACGAAGACAAGAAACGGAAAAACGAAAGUGUAACUACUGUGAACAAAAAACUGAAAACUGACCAUAAAGUGGAUGGGAAAAACCAAAAUGAAAGCCAGAGAAGAAAUACUGUGGUUAAGGUUUCCAGUAUUGCUCACAGCAGAGGCAGAGUAGUCAAAGUUUCUGCUCAGGCAAAUACAUCAAAAGCUCAGUUAAGUACUAAAAAAGUGCUCCAGAGUAAGAACAUGGAUCAUGCAAAAGCUCGGGAAGUGUUGAAAAUUGCCAAAGAAAAGGCACAGAAGAAGCAGAGCGAAACCUCUACAUCCAAAAAUGCACACUCAAAAGUCCAUUUCACACGUCGAUAUCAGAGUCCUAGCUCAGGUUCCCUUCCACCCCGGGUUCGUUUAAAACCACAGAGGUACAGGAAUGAAGAGAAUGACUCUUCUUUGAAGACAGGACUUGAGAAAAUGCGGAGUGGCAAGAUGGCACCCAAGCCCCAGUCUCGCUGCACCUCCACCCGCUCAGCAGGUGAGGCCCCUUCAGAAAAUCAGAGUCCCUCAAAAGGCCCCGAAGAGGCCAGCAGUGAGGUUCAGGACACCAAUGACGUGCUUGUGCCUGGUGAGCGGGAUGAACCACAGACACUGGGCAAAAAGGGCAGCAAAAGCAGUAUCUCUGUUUACAUGACCCUAAAUCAAAAGAAACCUGACUCUUCUAGUGCUUCCGUGUGUAGCAUUGAUAGCACAGAUGAUUUGAAAUCCUCCAACUCUGAGUGUAGUUCUUCUGAAAGCUUUGAUUUUCCUCCAGGCAGUAUGCAUGCACCUUCCACCUCCUCCACUUCCUCCUCUUCAAAGGAAGAGAAAAAGCUCAGUAAUUCCUUGAAAAUGAAAGUCUUUUCCAAAAACGUCUCUAAAUGCGUCACACCAGAUGGCAGGACCAUAUGUGUAGGGGACAUUGUUUGGGCCAAGAUCUAUGGCUUUCCUUGGUGGCCAGCCCGUAUUCUUACUAUAACUGUGAGCCGGAAAGAUAGCGGCCUUUUAGUCCGACAGGAGGCCCGUAUUUCAUGGUUUGGGUCUCCAACAACCUCUUUUCUUGCUCUUUCGCAACUCUCCCCCUUUUUAGAAAACUUCCAGUCACGCUUUAAUAAGAAGAGAAAGGGCCUGUAUCGCAAGGCUAUCACAGAGGCGGCUAAGGCUGCCAAGCAGCUGACCCCUGAAGUGCGGGCUCUGUUGACACAGUUUGAAACGUGAACAUGGACAGUAAGGUAGGCAAGAACCAUCGGAAGGCGCCACAGAUUUUCUAGUCUAGUUAGGAGUAACUUCUACAAAAUAGCUUGGCCAAAUCGGAGAGAGAAAUUGUACUCAGUUGGCUGCUUUUUUUAUACUUACCUUAUAGCCAUUUUUAGACUGAGAAGCUAAAAUUGAACAAGCAAUCAAUUUGUCUUAAGGAAGUGAGAUUUCAGCAGUAUUUUUCAGUUUUGAAGUCGAACCAUCCCAAGGCAUAGGAGCCAUAGCCUCAACUGAAAAUGAAUUUUUGCAGGGACUGUUAAUUGCCAUUUGUACCUUGUACUGUAUGUGUGUAUAUUUAUAUAUAUAUACACACGCAUACAUAUAUGUGUGUAUAUGCAUACAUACAUAUAUACAUACAUACACACAUACACAUAUAUAUGUAUGUGUGUAUAUAUAUAUAUAUAUAUAUAUAAGAUAGAGCCUGUCACUAUGUGACACAGGUUGCAUAUUUGGGAUUGCAGUAAGGGCUGGUGAGCUGGGGGCGGGGGGUGGUAAUAGUGUGGAUAUUUAAUGACGUCUUGUUUUUAACUAAUGAACACUUAGCCUUUCUAUGUGCAUAAUGGCGCAAGAGUUUGAUACUUAGGUGUUUGACAGACUGAGAUGCUUGCUAUUCAGUUGCAGACUGGGGAAAGAGCCCGGUAUUUGGGGUUAAGACUUUCAAGGCUGACUAGGUUUUUGAAUCAUCACUCUCUUUUGUCCAAUGGGGAUUUAACAAAAACUUUCAAAUUUCUGGUUUGGGAGUUUAGGUAGGUUUAUCUUUGGAUGUGUAAAUAGUUGAUUGCUAAAUUUGGUCAGAUUUCUCCUGACUGGCUGUUCCUAAAUUCUUAGGAUACGUCCUGGUAAAUUACACUUUGUGAAUUAAUUGUCAUAUGUGUAAUUGUUGCAUUUUGGAUGUACCUAAUUUGAUAAUUUUUAAAAGAUAUUUCCGUUUAAGGUAUCUGUUUGCAGGUCAGAAAAUGAGAAAAUGUAAUUGUGUAAUGCUCUGAAAUGUAAAAAAAAAAAAAAAAUCUGUAAAUAAAAUCGACUAAAUCCAAA